UUUUUAAUUUAUAAUUUGGCAAACCAUAUAAACCCUCCCCGAAGAGAGCAAAAACAAGAAGGAAAUUAUAGCGGGACAUCUUUAUUUCCCAAAACCAAAUUCUCUCACUCUCACGGAACUAUCAAAUCGCACAAAUUCCACAAUUCUCAGUGUUUUAUGUCUAUACCGUCGCUUAAUCAACCGUCUCCAGCGCCAAGCCCUAAUUUUAAAAAAAAUCCUCUUCUCUGAACUCCCUGUAAAUUUUUUUCAAGAACAUUCUUCAAUUUUUUUGUUAAAGUUUUUUUUCCCUGGGUGUGCUUUGGGUGGGGGUCGAUUUUUUAUGAUGGAUAUCGAGCGAAAACAAGCGGAUUUGAUCGAUCACUUCGUCAAGCUAGCGUCGGGUCAGAAGGGCUCGGCUCUUGGCUCCGUAAUCGUUGAAGCGACGUCGCAUCCUUCCCUCUUCGCCUUCUCCGAGAUUCUUGCCGUGCCCAGUGUCGCCAAGCUUGAAGGAACUGAAAACUCAGUGUACCUAGAACUGCUUCGGUUGUUUGCACAUGGCACAUGGAGCGAGUACAAGAGUAAUAGUGGUAAUCUUCCUCAACUGGUCCCAGAUCAAGUCCUCAAGCUAAAGCAACUUACUGUCCUUACACUUGCUGAGACAAACAAGGUACUACUAUAUGAUCAACUAAUGCUCGAGUUAGAUGUCACAAAUGUCCGUGAACUUGAAGAUUUUCUUAUCAAUGAUUGCAUGUAUGUGGGUAUAGUUAGAGGAAAGCUGGAUCAGCUGAGAAGAUGCUUUGAGGUCCAAUUUGCUGGUGGAAGGGAUUUGAGGCCGGGACAACUAGGGAGUAUGAUACAAACAUUAUCAAACUGGUUGGCUACAUCAGACAACUUACUUUUCUCAAUUCAAGAGAAGAUUAAAUGGGCUGAUACUAUGAGUGAGUUGGACAAGAAACAUCAAAAGGAGGUUGAAGAUAGGGCAGUAGAAGUAAAGAAGUCCCUCUCCCUCAAGAAGUUACACACUGUGAGCAGGCCGACGUUGACUUCCGAGGGCUCGAGGAGAUCUACUCUGAACCUGGUGGAGUGAUGGAUUAUGAGGAAGACCGAAGCCGACCCAAGAGGAGACGGCAUCCAAUAUCCUGAAGAUUGAGCAUGCAACCGAUUGGAUGGUUGUGCAGGUGACCAGCGCCAGAUUUUUGUUCACAACAUUCCAGCAACAGAUGAUUCUGCUUUUGGGACAGUGAUACUGCUGCUUUGGUACUGAAUUUCUCAUUGUUGCUUCAGAAUUUGAGAAUUGUCAGCUUGUCUUCAUGAACCUAUGGAGUUGGGAAAAACGGGACCAGAUCUGGUGCUGCGGCUAAAAACUUUUAAGCAGUUAGAUACCCAAGAUUUACAAUUCAAGUUAUUGUACUUUUGAUGGUAUACUUCAUGCUGCAUCGUGAAGAAUCCAUCUCUCUUUGAAUCUUGCUUAUAAUUUAUCAAUGUUAUUGCAUGCUUUCUGUGGUUCCAUUA